AUGUCUUGUCAAGUUGUACGAGGAGAGAGGGCCAAGAAGCCCCCGCUGCGGCAUCGAAACCUUCCUCCAUCCUUCUUCACGGAGCCGGCCAACAGCUCCAGAGUUACAUCUACUUCUGGCAUGUCGCUCAAAGACCUGGAGCGAGGGACUCCGGAUGCAGCAGAGUUCUUGGAGCUUCUUGGACCCGACUACAGCACAAUGGUCUCGGAGCAGGAUCUAUUCCACACCGCACCUAUCAGGAUUCAACAGGAGGUGACUGUGGGCCCCGAGCCAUAUGACUCCCACCAUUUUGUAAGUGGUGGGUUCUUGUACACUGAGCCUUGGGGCACUUGUAGCAGCAACCCCAAAAAGUCAGGAGACAUGCGGACAGUACCAGUACAGCCAAAUCUUUAUACUCACACAGACCUUUCUGGCAGCGUGCCUGUGGAACAGAGCUCGCCAUGUGCACUUACCUUUUCAAACUUCUUUACAGACUGCUCCGCUCCUUCGGUCUCCUACGAUUUAGUGAACGGAUACAACAGAGGGAGCUUUUCUUCUCUUUAAGCCAGAGAUUUUUUGUGUCUCAGACAUUACAUUGGAACAAAAACACUUAUGCAUCUUUCAGUAUGGUAUUGACAAAGGACGCUACCUACAUGUAAUUGCCCUUUUAAUCCUAAAACAUUUGACUCAAAACCAGCUAAGGAUCCCUUUUAAAACAUCGCUUGAUGGGAUAACAUGCAUACAGUAGCCACCUGUAAAAGGUUUACAAUCUUGAGAAGGUCUUUGCAUCUAAGGACGAACUUUUCACCAAUUAUUUAAUGAAAACAAAAUGCAUUUUACAGAUUUCUAAUCAUAACUUAACAAAACUACAUGCUUCAGAAAUUAAUUAUAUUGCUCCAUGUAAAUAAAACAACAAAAACACCUCGGACCUCUUAUCCUUUAACAUGCAUUGUUUGAUUUAUAUUAUUAGCAAUUUGAAGCUUGUUACAGAGCUGAUCUCAAGGGGUUCUGCUAAUUUGUUUAAACAUAUCACAGAUUAAAUAGUCACAAAUAUACAGUGACCCCUUUAAGUAUUUGAACGCAUAAGC